GUUGAUACGAAGCAAUGAGACCUAACUAUUUGCUGCUACCUACAAGAUGUUUUUUAGAAAGUCUGAACAAUACGGAAGCAUGGGGUGUUUUGAGGAAGUGCUGUUGUUUCACAAUGUUACAGGGUGUCACUGCUUUUCACAGCACCCACUGUCACCCAUUUUGCUCUGUACUAAGUGUAAUCCUCUGCAGCGAGCUUUAGCAAUUUCCAUGUUCCUUCUGAGACGCAGCCCUGAAACAUGAGCUCAGCGUUAUACAGGAGCCUCUUGUCACUUACCGUCAGUUUGAUGUCUCUAGGUAAGUUCUAACUGGGAUGUUCUCUUCAUCCUUCCAUCUGUCAAUUAUGUUAAUCUCGCUCCUUUUCUAAAAAUCAUUAUCAAAACACACAACGCUAACAACUUAUCCUACUCACUCACUUUAUGGGAUAUCUCAUCUCACAAAUGUCUGUUUUUGAGUGAUUUCCUCUGCAUUAUGUCUGCAAUUGAUGAUUACUUAAUAAAAUUAGGUUUUGUUUUUAUUAUGAUAGUCAUAAUUAAGAUUUUCUUUCUGCACGUACGUACCCUUAUUAUAGUAUAUCAGACGUCAGUUUUGCAGUGUUCAGUGAUGUGGGUAUUCACAGAGCACCAUUUACUGUAUGCUGAUCAUUGGUUUUCCGGGCUCAGUGUUCUAAUUGAGGAAACUAUUAAUGAACAAUAGUUCAUCCUAACAGUCUCAUCCUUAAAUGGGCAGAGUGCCUCAAUAGUUCUUGGUCUGUUGUAUUGUGUGGCAUUAAAAGAAAAUGUUUGUAUUGUGUCAUCACAGAAAUGAUCUACCUGUUGAUUUAUUUUACUUAGUGUUAUCGUUUAUACAUGAUGUCACAAAACGGUUACAGAAGUAAUAAUAUGCAAAUUAUGUGUGUGGGUUUUUUUCUCAUGUUUGUCAGCUGUUAUAUUGUAACAAAAUAACAGCAUUUGGGAAUUUUCAAUUUUUUUCUUUAUUCAAAUGUCGACAUAGAUAAAUUGAGUAAUUUUCAGUAAUUCAAAUAUAAUAUGUUUGAGACUGGUGUCCCAAUAUUCAACCAUAUUAAUGUACAUACUGCUAAGAAUGAGGUACAGUGAUGCCCAUCAGAACUCAGCACUAUUCAAGCUAUUACCUAGUAAAUGUCAAUAGCCUGGGAUUAAUGGCCAUUGGCUAUGGUUUUUGAGAAUGGUUUCAGAAUCACACUCUUAAUGAAACAGAGUUCACAUUUCUUUAGGUUAGGAUAACUAGACAGGGACCUAGGGGGGCAUUCUGACCUAACUAUUUCAUUAUUCACAGCUUAAGGUGGACCCCAGGCAGCAAAGGUUUUAAUGCUAGAUUGGUACCCACAACAAGUGUAGCAGCGAGGUUACAUUUCAGUAUCCAGUCAUGAGUCACAAUCCAUCUGAAAUUGUUGCUUUUGGUUCAGUCAUAAACAAGAUGGCGAGUUCAUAGAACUCCCAUCUGGCCAUCAGAUUGAAUUAUCCUAGCUACACAGGUUGCUAAAUUUCAAUUGUCCUCUUCUAUUAUUAGGCCUUUCGGCGCACUGCACUAGAAAAAAAUCAUCUUCACAGCGCCUAUGGAAGCAGUAAGGGUGUACUUAGUUUUCCACACAUGACCUAUUGUACCUAUUGUAGAUAUUGGUAUUCAAGUUGAGGAUGGCACUCACGGACUUUAACAUUCCAAAAUCUUUAUUCAAGUAUUGUUAAAAAACAGGACCAUUGUUUCAGAUAUAUAUAUCUGUCUGUCGGUCUAUCUAAACGAAAAAGAGCUGUACCUAUUCUUCUUGACUUGUAACCAUAUUUGUGGUGGUGUUUUUUGGCAAAGUGAUAUUUUUUUUGGUGUAUAGCAAUUUUCAGUAGUGGUUUCUUUCCAUGAUGUAUUUAUUGCAUUAUUUUCUUUUCUUUUUGCACUAUUACGUCUAUAUUUGAGAGAGUUUGUUGUAAGGAUCAAAUACCUUUUUGGGCUACAUAAUUUUUCCUCUGACCUGUUCUCUUUUGACCCUGAGAAGUUAUACAAUGUAGCAGAUUGACCACCUCUCCCCCAAGGCCUUAGAGACAUACGGUUUAUUAGGUUCACUAACUACUACCAAAGGUUCAUCAAGGUCUUUUCUUUAUCUCACCCAUUACAACAUUAACCAAGAGAGGUGCUGACCCAAUUAUUUGGCAUAAAUCAGUGCCGCAAACAUUUCAAACCCUGAAAGACCCAUUCAUGUCAACUUCCAUUCUGGUCCAUCCCAAACCCAAUAAACCAUUCAUCUUGGAACUUGAUACAUCAGAGAUUGGAGUUGGAGCUGUCCUGUCACAAAUAACCUCCCUUUUUCCUAUUGCAAGAAACUUUAUAGUUCAGAGUGGAACAAUGACAUUGGCAGUAGAGAACUUUAGUCAUAAUUCUGGCUCUGAAGGAGUGGAGUGGGUUCAGUCAUCCCUGUACUUAUCCUAACCAUCCACAAAAAUCUCAGCUACAUCAGUGAGGCUGAGGCCAAAAGAUUGUCCUCAUGACAAGUGGUGGUCCCUGCUCCCUGCUAGAUUUAAUUACAUAAUCAUCUACAGGUCUUGCACAAGGAAUGGAAUGGCAGACACUGUCUUUAGACAAGGAGGAAAGGGAAAAUACUCCACCCAUUAUCCCGUCUAGUUGUAAUCUGGCUGCCAUAUCAUACUCUCUUUCUAACUCAUUUAAAGUAUCCAACUGUACAAAGAGACAAACCCCAUACAUCUCCACUCAAUAAACUUAAUGUACUUGAAACUAAGGAAGCAACUCCUGGAAAUGUCUCAGUCUUCCAGAUUUGCUGGACAUAUGGGUGCAUGCAAAAUCAUUUUAUUUUAUGCAAAGAAAGCUCUGGUGAGAAGAAUUAACUAAAGAUAUCAGCGACAUUGAGCAACUUGUUCCAUGUAUGCACAGAAUAAGAUUCCACACUUGUUUUCAUGUGGCCUUCUCUCUCCUCUACCCAUUCCUGAGUGUUCGUGGUCCCAUCUUUUCAUGGAUUUUUUUGUAGAACUGCCUUUGUCUCAUAGUUUCACCAUUACCCUAUGAUUUUUGAUAGAUUCUCUAAAAUGGCUUGUUUUGUCUCCCAUUUGAAGACAGCCACAAAAGAGAAACCUUUAGAUUAUAUAAAGAUGCAGCCACAUCAUUCUCUAAUGUUUAGCAGCUUUAUUUUAAAUGCAUAUCGCUCUCGCAACAUUCUGAAAAUAACAAAACCAAAAUAACCUGAGCAGCAUUGGUGUUCAUUUAUAACGUAAUUCGUUUACAUCCUGUCUGACACUCUGUAAAUGUGUUCCAAUCCAUAUGGAAUCUUCACACUACCAAGAAAGACAGUUUGUGAGAGGAUCAUCUAAUGGACUGAAAACCACACAAAUUUAUUGCAUAGAAAAAGAACAUAUCAAAUCAAGAGAAACAAAGAAAUACAGUAAUCAUUAACCAUACAUAUAAAUUAAGACCAAUGCAAGUGAAAAUAAAAAGAAAAUCAUCAAUAAAUAAACAAAUAUAGAGGGAUGUGAAAUAAAAAGAAUAAGAUAAUAAAAAUAUUCACAUUCUGUCUUUUAAAAAAUCUAGAUCAUUUGGUCAAAGGAACACUAUAGGGUCAGGAACACAAACACGUAUUCCUGACCCUAUAGUGUUAAAACCACCAUCUAGCCCCCGUGAUCCCCUCAUGCCUCCCUAAAUAUAGUAAAAUCUUACUUGUAUUCAAGCCUGAAGCUGUAGAUCUGCAUGCUGUUUGCCUCAGAAAAACAAGCUGACAUCAUCAGAAGUGGUGGCCUGAUCCAAUCACAAUGAUUCUCCAUAGGAUUCUCUGAGACUGACAAGGAGGCCGAUCAGGGGCAGAGCCACCACAAUUCGAACACAGCCAAUCAGCAUCUCCUCAAAGAGAUGAAUUGAAUCUCUAAAUUGAAUACUAAAUGUUUUGAUGCAUUUUAGGCAGCAAUGACCCAGGAAGGAUCUCUAACAGCCAUCUGUUAGGAGUAGCCAGUGAAGUUAUCACUAGGCUGUAAAGUAAACACUGCAUGUCAAAAGAAUGUCCCAGUAAUUAGCUCCAGUCCCGAGAUGCGUUUCACCCACACUACGGGGGCUUUUUCAAUCGGUGGGUGAAACGCAUCUCGGGACUGGAGCUAAUUACUGGGACAUUCUUAAUCUUAUAUGGAAGCAACUGGAUAUUUUUUAUUUAAUUCUAUGUUUUUGUUUUUAUAUUUAAAGUUGCAAUAAAUGUAUGUAUUUUAAACCAAGUCCCAUCAGCUUCUAACUUCAUCUUGCUGCUAAAGAAGGGCAGGUGCCCCCCUCUAGAGGUACCCAGGUCUAUCAUCCAGAGCCAGGUUCUCAUUGGCUCAGGAAAAGGUGAGCACAACCAUAACCACUGUGUUUUUUAUUUUUGUUGAAACUUAAUACACUAGGAAGUCUUUCUUUCUCUCUCCUUUGAGGAAAUCCAUUCCAGGCAAAAGGGUGCAGUGUCACCAUAAAACACUACUGUGCAAGUGAUUUGAGCCUGUCCCUUUGAGGCUCUGAUCAAUUCCCAUCAGCUUCUAACUUCAUCUUGCUGCUAAAAAAGGGCAGGUGCCCCCCUCUAGAGGUACCCAGGUCUAUCAUCCAGAGCCAGGUUCUCAUUGGCUCAGGAAAAGGUGAGCACAACCAUAACCACUGUGUUUUUUAUUUUUGUGAGUUUGACUACUUGAAUUAUCACCAAAAUACAUUAUCACCUGUGGAUUUACACUAUAUUUUGGGGUUUUUUUGUUUCCUUUAUAUGAACUGAUAUACAUCUGAGAUUUAACCCCAUUUUAGGGUAAGUUUAUACCUUUAGCGCUCCACUCAUUUGAUUAGUAGAGUCUGGACGUUAUUUCCAGAUUAUACUAAACUCACUUUGGUUCAUUAAUAUAACUAGUGGGGAUAAGAGAGUAUCCACUAGAGUGUGUAGCUGCUUAUUUUUAACUCAAUUACAUUUGUAAGCGCACUAAACACAGUAAUCACCAAUCUGUGUGUUUUGAUAUAUAUAUAUAUAUAUAUAUAUAUAUUGUUGUGGAUGGAUAAAUGAUUUCCCCUUUUUUCUUCUUUACCUUACCUAGUUUAUUUCACCAAAUUUCUACAAAAAUGUAAUAAAGAUUAUUUGAAAAUGCAUUAGAGGGAUUUCUACGAAUACAAGAACCUUCAACCAGGACAUGAGCUGUGGAAAUAGUGAAACAAAAGAUCAAAAUCAUUCGGUAAGAUUUGCCUUGGUCGUAAAGAGAAGAUAUAAAAUACAGAAUAUUCACUACAGAGGCUGAAAAGAGAUCAAGAUACCUUUAAGUCACCAGUUAUCUCCGAUUUGCCAUGCAGAAAGGGAAAAUCUUCUGGAACCAGGUGCCUGCAAAUCCCAUAGUAGGUCUUGAACUGUGUCUGUUAAAAUUGAGACAUUCUAGGAUCCCCUGAAAGGUCCUGGUAUGAGACAAAGAUGACCCUGAAGGGUGAAUGGAUGAAAGUUGCCUGCUGCUGGGUCUCGAUGGAGAUUGUGAGAUGUGUGUAGUAGUAAUGAAUAGAGCAAUUGGAGACAUCCUUGGUGAAACUGGAUUGUGAAGGAGCCUGCAAUUAAUUAAAAACAAUUGAUAUGAAGGGAACAUUUGGCCAGAGUCCAUAUAAAUUAAGACCAAUGCAAGUGGAGAGUCAGGAGCAGGACACUCCAACCCAGCUUGCUUGUAUCCGAUUUCAAGAUAAAAUAUGUUUGGGAUCCAAAAAUCACCUUCCCAUUCCAUGCCUGCAUGUUGUGUAGCCACCAAUCCAAGUCCAGAUAAACUUAAUUUAUCAGCAAAAUCGAUUGGUGGUAUGAGGUCAAAGUUUGUAAGCAAUGUUUCUUCAGCCAUUGCAUUGCCUGGUAGUGCAAAUGACUUGGUAAGAUGGCUUGUAAUGAGGUAGAUAGAAGACCAAUAAUUGCGAGACAGAUCCUGAAGGCAAAUGUGAAAAGAUGUCAACGACUUCUGAAUGUCCUUCAUGAGCGACUUUCUUUUGGAUAGUGAGAGUUGAAACAACACCAAAACAGAAUCCUUUAAAAAAAAAAAAAACAGGAAUUGAAUGGUUGCUGCUAGUUGGAUUUGGACAUUUUCAAGUUGAUAACAAAGCCAAUAUUCUGCAAGAGGGUCAAGACUGUGUCUGUAUGGAGAUGAAGAGUGUUUGGAUACUGAACCAAAAGGAGAAUAUUGUCCAAACAUAUGAUGGGAUGGCCAACUCUAGCUCAAAUGAAGGCAAUGUUGAGCAGCUUGGUGUAACACCAGGGAGCUUAACUGAGGCCGAAUGGUAGGCAGAAGAACUGCCAAAGUUUAUUCCUCCACAGGAAUUGGACAAAACAAUGAAAAUGACUGGAACUCUAGGUAGGUGUCCUUGAAAUCUAAAUGUCAGAACCAGUCUCCCACGCAGAGUAGGUUGCAUAAAGAAUUGAUGCCUUCAAUUAAAUUUAGGUCCUGGAUAUUGAUAAUUUUGAGAAUAUCUCCUGUCUUUUUCUGCACCACAAAGAUAUUGCUUAUGAAUCAGGGUAGGAAAGGGGACCAUUUGAUUGCUCCAGUGGAUAAAAUGCUUAUACGUUCUGAAUGAGCAACGACCUUGUGAGCUCUUGUUUUAGCAAUUCAUUGGUGGCCUCAUCCAAAGAUUGUAGUGUCUAGAGUCAGUAGGUGCCUAGCCAGAGUUUACCAAUAUUGUUUCUCUGACAAAUUGAGUGGCUGCAUUAACCCAAUCCUGCUUGGAAAGAUGGAGUUCCUCAUCUGAGAACCCAUACAGUACUAAUUCAUCAACUCCAGGUUGUAAGAUGUUGAGCUCUCGAGGGGAUCCAUUUCCUCCAACCUAGUAUGAGAGAAAAAUAUGAGGGAUGUAGCAGUCCAGAAGUGUUUACAUAAAGUUUGCUCAUGGUUGGACUGAUGAGCCAUCAGAAUCUGUCUCAUGAGGGCUAGUUGAGGGAACUGCAGUAGGACUAGGCUGCAGGCCCUGGAAGACUGCCAAGGCCUUAGAAACAAAUAUAAAAAUGGCCAAAUGGAGUCAUGCCAUAAAUUAAGUGAAAUAGAACACAAAAGAAACAAAUUUUAAGAAAGGUCUAGUUAGAUCUGAAUCAUAUUCCUAUGAAAAUCUCAGGAAAGAAGUAAAUAUAAGUAUAUUUUUUAAUAUUUAUUAAAUACUAUAUACUAUUUACAACACAGUUGAAGCACAACUCAGGAAGAGGUGCUAAGCCAGAUAACCACUCAUGGACAGCUUGUUUUUUGCUCCGCAAGUAAUGCAAAUCCUCAUCAACAAUCCAGUAACCAACCUCAUGCUGAUGAGUUGCAUUAACAAUGAAACAGCUGUCCAUGAGUCAUUCACUGGCUUUCCAUCUCUUCCGGAGUUGUGAUUCUUUAUUGAGCUAAUUUGCAUAUUCCCACCCAGAAUCCCUUGCAGUUGUAACAGCACUGCAAAUGUGAGAUUUCAGUGGGAAAAGCAAGUCCUAUGGCUUGAUUGGUGUGUGCAGAUAUGUUUAACAAUGUGUUGACUCUUUCUCUCUUUGUAUGAAUAUAUACAGUAUCUCACAAAAGUGAGUACACCCCUCACAGUUUUGUAAAUAUUUUAUUAUAUCUUUUCAUAUGACAACACUGAAGAAAUGACACUCUGCUACAACGUAAAGUAGUAAGUGUACAGCUUGUAUAACAAUGUAAAUUUGUUGCCCCUCAAAAUAACUCCACACAAAGCCAUUAAUGUCUAAACUGUUGGCAACAAAAGGGAGUACAACCCUAAGUGGAAAUGUCCAAAUUGGGCCCAAUUAGCCAUUUUCCCUCCACGGUGUCAUGUGACUCAUUAGUGUUACAAGGUCUCAGGUGUGAAUGGGGAGCAGGUGUGCUAAAUUUGGUACUCUCACACUCUCUCAUAUUGGUCACUGGAAGUCCAACAUGGCACCUCAUGGCAAAGAGCUCUCUUAGUAUCUGAAAAAAAAGAAUUGUUGCUCUACAUAAAGAUGGCCUAGGCUAUAAGACGAGUGCCAAGACCCUGAAACUGAGCUGCAGCACGGUGGGCAAGACCAUACAGUGGUUUCACAGGAGUUCCACUCAGAACAGGCCUCGCCAUGGUCGACCAAAGAAGUUGAGUGCAUAGCAUCAGCAUCAUAUCGCAAGGUUGUCUUUGGGAAAUAGACAUAUGAGUGCUGCCAGCAUUGCUGCAGAGGUUGAAGGGGUGAGGGGUCAGCCAGUCAGUGCUCAGACCAUAUGCCGCACACUGCAUCAAAUUGGUCUGCAUUGCUGUCGUCCCAGAAGGAAGCCUGUUCUGAAGAUAAUGCACAAGAAAGCCCAUAAACAGUUUGUUGAAGACAAGCAGACUAAGGACAUGGAUUACUGGAACCAUGUCCAAUGGUCCGAUGAGACCAAGAUAAACUUAUUUCAUUCAGAUGGUGUCAAGCGUGUGUGGCAGCAACCAGGUGAAGAGUACAAAGACAAGUGUGCAUUGCCUACAGUCAAGCAUGGUGGUGGGAGUGUCAUGGUCUGUGCCUGCAUGCGUAUUACCAGCACUAGGGAGCUACAGUUCAUUGAGGGAACCAUGAAUGUCAACAUGUACUGUGACAUACUGAAGCAGAGCAUGAUUCCCUCUCUUCGGAGACUGGGCAGCAGGGCAGUAUUCCAACAUGAUAACGACCCCAAACACAUCUCCAAGAUGACUACUGCCUUGCUAAAAAGCUGAAAGUAAAGAUGAUGGACUGGCUAAGCAUGUUUCCAGACCUAAACCCUAUUGAUCAUCUGUGGGGCAGCCUCAAAUGGAAGGUGGGGGAGCACAAGGUCUCUAACUUCCACCAGCUUCGUGAUGUCAUCAUGGAGGAGUGGAAGAGGACUCCAGUGGCAACCUGUGAAGCUCUGGUGAACUCCAUGUCCAUGAGGUUUAAGGCAUUUUUUUAUGUUAAAACUGAAAUGUUGACAUUUUUAUUCAAAGCUAAAUAUAAGCUAACUUUUACUUUAGGUUAGCAAGAAGUCCCAAGGGAGCUAUCAUUUGGAUAUUUAUAGAUGAUAUAGUUUAGUUGUCAAUCUGCUCUGGAGUUCCCAUUGACAUUUUUCCACUGUUUUACUCCAGGGUAAAAUCUUUUUUCCCCUGUUUUUUUGCCUUAUUUAAUGCUAUAUCUUUAACUGCUCUCCUCUCUCUAAUGUUUUUUUCUGUCUGUAUACCCUUUCCUUUGGAUAAUUUUAUAAUCUUUGGAUAUCUAUAUAAAAGAGACAUGGAAAUCUAACUUUCCAUCCUGCUCCCAGAUAUAGCAUAGCAUUUAAUAAUUCAUCAUUGCAGUAUUGUUUCAUAUGCAUUUCUUUUUACAUAUGGUAUACCUCAUUACUAUUAAGGAGCAUUAAAUUGGGUAAUAGUAACAACCCCGGGAUGUUGGGCUAAGGUAACAUCACCAGGACGUACGUGAAAACCAAAGUAAUCUAAAUGUGCCUUUCCUGGUUAAAUACUUUGUCAUUAUUAUUAUUUGUGAGUGAAUCUUAAAAAAACUCAGUUAACUAUUGAUGCUUGGUACAGCGAAUUGUAAAUGCAAAAUAUAUUCAUGCCAUAAUCUGUUUCUUUGUUGUGGGUUCAUCUGCGCUUUAUGUUUAUAAACAUAUGUUCUCUAAAAACAUUUUUAGUCUUCUGGUUAAACCAAAUUAAACCCAUUUAUGACAGAACAGUGUUCACCAGAAUCUUGUUCUCAAUUUGCUUUCAUUUCCUUUGUAACACCCAUAAUAAUAGUCUAACAGAAGACUCCCUCACGCACAGUGAGUAUAGGAUGACACGUGCUGUAGUUUUGGUGCAGGGUUAUGGCGCCAAACAGACAGUUUAAAAUUUCACACCACUGCUGGCUCAUUUAAAAAUGCCAAAAGCAACUUUCAAAUUUCUUAAUAGAUGGUGUAGAAUCUUAGUAUAAUCCACAGUUUAUGCAAUGCAGGUGCUAUAAAGAAACGUAUAUUGGUGCAGACAGGAUACAACAAAAAUUUGCAACGUUUCAGCCUACAGAGCCUUAGUCAUGCAUUUUCCCAACAAUCCAGUGAAAUGAUCAAUAUGUUAAAAAGUAAGGUUCACACCAAUAAACGUUUCUACAGAGCACCUGCAUUUAUGCUAGUAAUUACCCCAUUAUUAAAUUAUACUUGGGAAAGAAUUUAUAAAAAUUACAACUGAAAUAUUUUUGUUCCACAAACCAAGCCCUAGUUUUAGUAAUGCUGAAACUCCAGCAUGAGAGACCUGUCAAGGUCUGUUCAGACUCGUGGGGUCUUCCUUGAGCACCUGCCAGCUGAGAAUCACCACCAAGCUCGAUCUGGUAAGCCACAGUGUUCGCAAUGGAUUUAAAAAUUUCUGGAUAUAGCUCAUCUGUUCGUCUGGGACAAAUAAAUAUGUCCCUCCUGUCUUUACUUAACCACAGGUAUCAUUUGAUACCUCGAUCUCCCUGGUUUUAGCCUGGGAUUUAACCCUGCUCACACCAUGUUGUGGUGCAAAAGAAAUUGAAAUGCCCAUUUAAAGAGCUGUAUGCAACUCUCACUUUUAGUGCUGCAUACAGCUCAGCUGUCAUUCUGCAGCCACCAACUAUGAUCCCAGCUGACAGUAGGGAGCCCCAGGUCUCAGGACUCCCUGGUGUGUGCAGGGAUUGCUCACACCAAAAUGCUAGGACAUUCCAUGCCAUCCCAAUUCCGUAAGAUCCACUCAGGGCAUUACAGCAUGAAAUAUCAUAACGUUGUUAAGAGGUUAGAUCAUAAAUACACACUUCUGUUUAAGACAGAACAAAGUAUUUUCAAGUCCCUGGGACAUUAAGAAGCCUAGAUUUGCUAAAUGAACACCCAAUUUGGAAGGGGGCAUACAUACACAACCUCAGUCUGUUUGGAAUGUAACUUUAUUUAAGCAGGGCCUAGAGCACCUUCUAUUCUUGUUUGUCAUACAGUGCUGUUAAAUAUUUUCUUGUUUUAUAAAUAGUAAAAUUAUAUUAUGGUUAACCCCUUAAAGACAAAAUAUUACAAAAGGAUUACAUGUGACAAUUUAUGGGCCUCACAAUCCUGUCCCUAGAGAACGUAUGACAGCAUGGAUCAUACUGUUUGUCUAUGGUAGGUCCAUGCAGCCCUCCAUUCUUUAAUUGAAUUGAAUCACUGCAAUUUGUAAUAGGAUCCUUAAAGAACAAAUUCCUAUGAAAAUAUGGACUAUCACUGGUGCUUAAAUGGUUAAAUAAGAGUGAGUGGCCUAUAAAUAUUUUUUUCUGAAGCUCAUUAAUUAUAGAAAUAUACUUCAUUUAAAUUGACUGCACAAAAAAUAUUAAGUAACAAUACAACAAUUACAAGGUUGUAUUGGUAAGCAUACUAACAUUUGUAAAUCUCUCUUUUUUUUCCAUUAUUUUUAUGUUUCUUUUGAAUUUUUCAAUUUUUAGAGCUAGAUUUUACCCAGGAAGGAGCAAUUUGGAGCAAUAGCAGUGCCUUGCUCACUUGUUAGUACCUGAUUUGCCAUUCACUACUGAAAAUCUGUGCUUGGUAAAAAUCAUAGUGAGUAUAAUUUGUAACCUGUAAUAUUUCUUUAUUUUUAGUUUGUGUCUUUGCAAAUGGACCAGAAGAGGAAACACUGGGUGAGUGUGUUUACAAAAACUGUUGCAGAAUUCCUCUCUGUACAUAACUUUUUCACACUUAUUGAGAAAUAGUAUACUGAAAUCACUAAAGUACAAGCUAUAACUUACAUGCAAAGUUCCCAAAUUGUAAGUAACAGUUACUUUAUUUGAUUAUUUCAUAUUCAUUUGUUUGUUUAAUAAAUCACAAAUGGUAGGUAUUGACACCCUUAAUAAUUUUAACAUAUUAUAUAAGGUAUGCAUUAAACUACUAUGGAAAAAAAACAAAACAAUGUACGGCGCUUACUUACCACAAGCUUACUUACUUAUUAUAUGUUUUUCCUUCUUGUUGAAAAUGUUCAAUAAAUACUUUAAAGAGUAACAGGCACUUCGAGAGAAGUAGCAGGUCAUUUCAGCUUCAUGCCAGUAAAUACCAUUCAGGUGUUUACCGAAAUGAAUAGGGCAGCAGAGGUAAAUUUAAAAAACAUUUUUUUAAUAACUUAGAUCCGCUGCACUAACCUAUUGAGUCAUCAUUGCAUCCCAUUAUUCCCAGGUUUUAAUAUGAGAAAUUUUAUGUGAGCGCAUACAGACACCAAAUAUUUUCUAGCAUUGUCCUUUGUGUGUAUGCGCAGUGUGUAUGCGCAGUGUGUACAGCCCUGAGAGGUUUAACUAAUUUACAUAGUUGGGAUGGCAAAGGAUAUAAAAUAGAAUACAAAGAAAGAAAACAAAGUAACAAAAAUAAACUUUUUGCACAACCAUUAGGUAACAUUUAGUUAGCUAUUUGGUUGAGAUAAAACUGGGAACGUGACAUUUCUGCUUAAAUUACAAAAAAGUAUGGUAAAAAGUGUAAAUUUCCUAAUGCUGAUGCCAUUGCAUAGGUAAUGUUCUAGAACAGACAGACUCCCAUAAAUUAGGAAGAAACACCACAAAAUCAGUCUUCGUUCAGCCGGCAAGGGUUAAGAGGCAGAAGCGCAAGCCCAGGGCCUACAAGCCCACACAGAGCCAGAUGCUGGCGACCCGGAGGCUGAUUACUACUCAGACACCCACCAAUCACCUUUGGCACAUCACAGAAGCCCCCCCUGAAUCCACUAUCAGGUUCCAGGGACAUAGGGGCAUUACUACAGCGACAUCAAAAGGCUAAAAUAGCGGACAAGGCGGACCACAGACCUGCACUGACUCCAGAUGAGCCUGUACAACCAGACCCAGUACCUAAGCAGGUACCGUGCACAGCAGAGAGCGCGGAUGGGUCAGCGCCGGUCACUCAGCUGGACUUCCACAACCUGGUCCAGGAGAUCAAGACCCUCCUGGCGGAUGAUGUGGCACUUAUCAAGGCACACGUACAGGUAGUUGACACCAGGAUGAAGGCCUCAGAAGAGGACAGAGUUGCAAUCAAACAGUGACUCUCAGACCUUCAAUCCACAGUCCUAGCUGUGCAAACACACCAACAGGCCCUUUCACUCCAUUACACGGCGCUGGAUGAUAGGUCAUGGCGCAACCACCUGAAAAUCAGAGGGGUUCCUGACACAAUCACGCCGUACGUGCUCCCUCAUUAUAUGAGGCGCUUAGUGGCCUCCAUACUGCCCCCGACUCAAGCCAAGAAAUUCUCCAUAGACAGGAUAUACCAUCUACCAGCAUCAGGCAGAGCUGCCCCUACCAUGGUGAGGGAUGUGAUUGUCCGAUGCUCCACCUUACAGGAUAAAAGACUCCUGAUGACAGCGAUGCAAGGCAAGACGCCACUAUCCUUUGAAGGGACUAAUCUCUCCUUCUUCCAGGUCCACACUGCAAUGGCAACGAUCCCUGCAACCAGUCACUAGCCACCUGAGGGCAGCCGGUGUGGAAUACCACUGGAGAUCCCCCAGGUUCUUGGUGGUCACUCAUAAAGGCACUGUGCUUAAAAUCUCAUCACUUCUACGUCACUUUCAGCAGCAAGACGUGAUGUGGGGAUCUUUCUGGAUCUUAGCAUUUACAAUGUCAAAAAAUGACUGUGGUGUUUAUAGUGAUUGUUUAAAUCGCUAACUAAUACUGUGCAAUUAUUGUGCCAUUAUGUAAUUUUAACUUUAUGACCCUGCAGUUAUCUUGCACUUUGUUUAUAAGGCACCAGCCCUGAAAAGACAACACUGAGAUCGUUCUCAAGCUUAAUCACUGAUCAUUAUGUGGUCUUUUAGUUUAUACAUAAGCAUAACAAGUUAUAUGUCAUCAUGGUAACAUUAAACUAUCUCAAGUUAAUAACAAACAUUAGAAAGCAGCCCUUGCCUUUUUCCUUUUCCUUUUCUAAUAACAAACAUUGUCUUUAUUGUGUUUAUAGUUUCUCAAAAUGAAUGCAUUCUUGUAUUUUAGCAGUGUUAUAUAAUGUUCCAAUAUAAAUAUAUCCAAAGUAUUUAUCGUCACUAUGUUUAAAUAUGCAAAAAUGUAAUUUUCCUCAUGAGACUAUUUAUACCAGAUAUAAUUCUAGUCUUAAGGUAGAAAGAAAAUUGAGGCUCACUUAUUUUAGGCAACUUUUAUAGCCAUAUCUCAUAAAUAAUAUCCCUAUUAGCAUCAUCAUGACACACGGUCAGUAUGAUUUACUCAAAAUAAGUCUCUACGCCAAGGCAGAGAAAAAAAAAACAUCAAAAACUGUACAAAAACGGGUGAAAAAGAUCGAGAAAAGUCUCUUUGCUGUUCAUCUUCUGACACAUCUAACAUUGGAUCUUUCUGAUCUUAUGUAAUUUUAGGAUGUAUCUAGAGCAGUUUUGAAUGGACCUUCAUAAUAAAAUUUACCUUCACUGUUGAAGUUGGAUUACAUAGUAAAAAAUUUUGUAAAAAAAUUUGUAGUACAAAGACAAGACAUUUCUUUAAAACAUACAAUACAAGAAACUUGCCUCUUUCCGGAGAUAAUAAAUUUAUAUCCUAAAAUUUAAUAUUCCUAUAAAUUUUGAGGAGAGUGGAGGGAGCGGAAUCUCUGAAUAUAUAUAUAUAUAUAUAUAUAUAUAUAUAUAUAUUUGUGAUUUUCUAAAAAUACCUACUUAUCAACAAUCCCUUUUGGGGUCUCUAUUUUUAUCCAUCUUCUAUCUAUCCUUUUCUUUCCUCCUCCUCUCUUCUAUCUUUUUUCUCUGGCCUUCAAUUUUCUAUCAAACGAGAUGUUUUUACAUAAAAAUUCAUACCACAUUCAUACCAAACUUUCAUAGACAGCCUUAAUUUGGAUUAUUUUUAGCUCCCGAAGGUGGAAGGAUUUAGUUCCUAUUUUCCUGUCAUUUUUUUGAGAACAGGUCAUCCUUGAUAAUUUUGUUCCAAAUGUUUCCUUUCUUUGUUUUUUGACAAUCUUUAUUUUUAUGUAAUUUUUCAAUAAUAAGACAUAGGAACAUGAAUAAUAGUCAGGCAUAAGUUGCGCUUCGUUUGAGUGUUCAAGGACUUAGAUUGUCAUAAGUGAUCUAAUACAGAGAUAGUUUACAAUUUACCAUUGAGUGUCAUUUGCUUUCUGCCGGUUAAGGUUAGUCUGUGUAUACAUUGUUUGCUCUAUGCAAUCCCGUAUCUUUUGUACAUUUGUACAAUAUUUCACUUAUAAUACUUUGUAUUCCCUAAUUUCUGUCAGGUUGACUCUGUUCUGUGGGGAUGAUCAGAGUAGGUGUGGGGAUUGAACUGAGUCUGGUGUUCUGUUGGUUGCUUGUACCGGGUUCAGGACGUGUCUGAACAUGUCCACAUAGGCUACGGGUCUGAGACCAAGCGUGUGGGGUCGGGGCGCUCCAGACCGUCCAGUACCUGGGCAUGUAGUCGUUGUCCGUUUCGUGUGCCCACUGCGUGGAUGAGCGUGUGUGGCUUACUGGUCUCCAAGGUAAUGGGUUGGGUGUAUAGAUUGGGGCGUGGUGCUGUCUGUAUGCCAUCUGUCGUGUCAGACAGGUGUGGGGCCUUAUUGUGUGAUGUCGCCUUUGUCCCUUACAUUGAAGUGUAUCUUAGGUCUGGGGCAUCCAGGUUACCUAGUUCGUGUAUUCUGCCGCUACCUUGGAGGUCUGGGCUCUUCUCCACACCUGUGGUCUGGUCAGUCCGAGGUCCAGAGCCUUCUCAGUGUUACACAUUUACUGUGAGUCUCAGUCUGGCCCGUUAGUCGGGCCUGUCUAGUCUGGAGAGUGUCAGGGGGAGAAGAAGAAGAGAGAGAAUAGGAGAAAAAAAAAAAGGGGGGUGUGUGUGGGAAAGUUGGGGGAAGAAGGAAAGGGGGGCGGGGUACGCGGCCGGGUGGUUGGGUGCGAGGGAAGAAGUGUGAAGGAGCGGGUUGGUGUGUUGGUUUAGGAGGCCUGUCUGCAUGGGCGUCCGCAGGAACUUUUCCGGGGGGGGCAUAAUUGUAAUAACAUCCAUGCUUGGUACCUUUUUGACAGUGUCAUUAAAGGGAAGGGGCAUAGCCAUUAUCACAUAAAGCCAGGGUGAAUAGCGUUUUCACAACUAUGGUGGCAGGAAUAUAUGUUUGUAUUCCUGACACUAUAGUCUUCCUUUAAGCAAAUUAAAGGACCAUUCUGGUCACCAUAACAACUUCACCUAAAUGAAAAUGCUAUGAUGCCAGGAAGCCCCUGGGUGCUCGCUUUCCUUUAAGGGGUUAAAUCACUCUCAAAUGGUUUAACUCCAAAGGCUUCCUCCAGCUCCAGGUCGGUCAGUGGUAUUUGGCUUCUGAAACAGAGUGUCAGGAAGUGCAGAUUGACGUCAGGCAUGGGUGCCGCUGAUUGGCUAGAGUGGACAGUUGACGCUCUAAGCCAAUCGCUAGUUCCCGGUUCAUAAAAUAUUUUUACUUUUUUAUGAAUGGGGAGCUACUGAUUGGCUUAGAGUGCCAGCUGACCGCUCUAGCCAAUCAGCAACACCCCUACCCAACGGCACUCUGUGCUUCCUGACACUCAGUAAAUAAAAGUGAACACAUUAAUACUGAUAUUUUUUUACCUUUGGAGAUGAGAAGGUCCAGCGUUUCCCUGCCUGGCCCAGGUACCAAAGCCUUAUGAUGUGGUGUCCAGAAUAAAGUGGAGGGUUCACUUCAUUUGUCCUUCCUGCUCCAAUCUCCUUUUCCUCUCCUUCAUUUGACAGUCUUUUUUUAUCUUCUGACACUUUUUUCUAUCCUUGGCCCCUUCUGCUCUUUUACCUUUCUGCUACUUUCUGCUUAUUUUGCGCCCUUCUGCUUCUUUCUCAUUCUGAUCCCUUUCUGCUCCUUGCAGACCCUUUCUGCUCCCUUUUCUACUUUAUCUUUGUGCUCCUUGCUGUCCCUUUGUGCUCCUUCUCCUACUUUACCUUUGUGCUCCUUCUGAUUCUUUCUGCUCCUUUGCCUUUGUGCUCCUUCCUGCUCCUUGCAGGCCCUUCCUGCUCAUUCUCCUAUUUUACCUUUGUGCUCCUUCUGCCCCUUCCAGCUGAUUUCUGACCCUUUCUGCUCCUUCUACUUUACCUUUGUGCUGCUUUACCUUCCAGCUCCUUGCUGACCCUUCCUGUUCAUUUCUGUUCCUUUCUGCUCCUUCUCCUACUUUACCUUUUGUGCUCCUUGCUGUCCCUUCCAGCUCCUUGCUGCCCCUUUCUGCUCCUUGAUGUCCCUUCCUGCUCAUUUCUGUUCCUUCUCAUUUUCUUACUUUACCUUCCUGCUCCUUGCUGACUCUUCAUGUAGGCUGUCUCCCCCAUCCCUCACUUCCAUAGGUGUGCACACGGGGUGUGUCGGGUGUGCAUGGGCACACCCUAAUCCCCGCGGCACGCCAAUGGAUUGAGACCGGCAGGGGAGAUCUCUGGGUCUCCCCGGUCGGCUCAUGCAGAGCCGACGCUAUCCGAGCGGCGGCUCCGGUCUAAGCCUCCAUGAGCCGGUGGGGAGAUCAAAGUUCUACCUCACCGGUCCACAGCAGCAUGGAGGGAGGCAGCAGAGAACCCGGGCUAGAGUUCACUCUCCACUGAACCACCAGGGAAGGCAGCAGGACUGGGAUAUUAACUAAUCUGCCCCCACCUCCACCCAAACAUACAGCACACACACAGCACCUACACACAGCACACACAGCCCACAAACAGCACCCACACACAUACAUCACCCUCGCUCACACAGCACCCACACACACCCAGCACACUAACAGCAUCCUCACAAACACACAAAACCCACACACAAACAGCACCCUCACACACAAACAGCACCCUGACAAACACACAACACACACACACACAGCACACAAACAGCACACUAACAGGACCCGAACAAACACGCACACACAAACACCCUCUCUCACACACACACACACACACACAGCACACUACCAGUUCCCACACAAACAGCACCCUCACACACAGCACACUAACAGCACUCUCACAAACACACACAAAAACACCCUCACCCACAUAGCACACUACCAGUGUAUAUAUAUAUAUAUAUAUAUAUAUAUACACACAUACAUAUACAUACAUAUACACAUGGCGUGUGUUUGUGCUUUAGGGUGCACACCCUAAUGCAAUAGGCUGCGCACGUCUAUGCUCACUCCCCUAAUCUAUAGGCUGCCCCCCCAGCCUCACUCUCCUAAUCAACAGGAUGCUGCCCCCCCCAGACUCACUCUCCUAAUCUACAGGAUGCUGCCCCCCCCCCAGCCUCACUCUCCUAAUCUACAGGCUGCCCCAAAUCUAUAGGCUGCUGCCUCCCCAAAUCUAGAGGCUGCUGCCCCCCCCAAAUCUAAAGGCUGCUGCCCUCCCCAAAUCUAUAGGCUGCUGCCCCCCCCCAAGUCUAUAGGCUAUCUCCCCCAUCCCUCACUUACCUGAUCUGUAGGCUGUCUCUGGCUGCAUGUGUUGUUCCCCUGCGGUUUCAAUCAGCAGAGAGAAGCAGGGAUAAGAUGCAGCUUCCUAUCCCUGUCUCUCUCUAUACGCGCCGGUAUUGCAGUUCAUGUUCAAUCACACGAAAAAUAGCAGAACAAGCUGAAAAAUCCAGGGGGGUGCAAGUGCCCCCUCUUGCCCCCCCCCCCCUGCGGACACCCAUGCCUGUCUGCCCUCCAAGAUAUACAAGAGCCAAGGGGUCCAGGUCCGGUUACAUUUUUCGGAACGGCCCUGGAGGUCCGCCGUCAUGGCUUCCAUGGCCUGUAUUUCUACUACCCUAUUUCUACUACUACUGUUGGAAUGUGGGGGUAGCCGUUUUCUUCCAAAAUGUUGUAAUCAGGGAUUUCGCAGCCGUCAAUAGGUGUUUCGUCAGAAACUUCUUGUAGGUUUGCAAUGACAUGGUUGUGUGGUGUAGUAACAUGGGUAAGGGUAGCGGGGGUUCUGGGUCCGAAAUUUCCCCCGAUUUUAGUAUUUACCAUCUCCCAGUAUGGGGAGAUGACUGCGCACGUCCACCAGACGUGAAUCAUGGUACCUCUUUCCUGUCCACAUCACCAGCACGUCUCCUCCGCGUCUGGGUUCAUGCGAUGUAUUAUAUCCUGUACCAUGUCGUCAGUACUUUAUAACUCAUCUCCUGGAAUUUCGAGCUAAUGGAGCUCUUGUGUGUGAGUAGGAAAAUUUUAUCCCAUUCCUGUGUGGUCAGGUUCUCUCCUGUUUCUCUCUCCCAUCUGUUGAUGAACUUCGGUGUCGGCCCAUUCUCUCCCCCUAGUAGCAUCGCGUAUAGCGUCGAUAUCCCUCUCUCCAUGUUGUCUACACGUGCAUAUCUUCUCGAAGUCUGUGAGGUCCUGGUGAAAUUGGUGUUUAGCUGCCACAUUUGAGUAGAAGGACUUGAUUUGAUAGUAAUGGAAUUUGUCAAGGCCUGUUGGGGCGGUGUCAGGGAGCAGGUCUGUUAGCGUCUUUAGGGUGCCAUUGCCACACCAUUGAUGUAGGUAUAUGCAGUCCGUUUGUGCAAAGUUUCUUAGGUCAGCUGGUGUCAGUCCACCUCCUAUGUUGGGGUUGUGGACUAUCGGUGUGAGUGGGCUGGUGUGGGUGGUCAACUGGUGCAGGUGGCGUAGUGCGCACCAGAUCUUCAAGGUAGCAUCUAUCAGGGGGUUACCUGUUUUGAGCUCGCUGGGUGUUAUUCCGGUCCUCCAUGCAUCGCGGGAAUCUGUCCUCCAGUCUGUGUGAUUUCGGCACGCACCCAGAGUUUUUCCGUCUGUCGGGCAUGCCAGUCAGUGACUCUCAGAAGGUGAGUUGCACGGUGGUAGCCUAUGAUUGAGGGUAGCCCCGCUCCUCCCCUUUGCUUGGGUUGUUCAAGUAGUUGUUUGCUGAACCGUGGGGCUCCCCUCCUCCAGACAAACCUCCGUAUGGCUGUGGCGAUGGAUUGGAAAAACGUUUUCGGUAGGGUGAUUGGGAUCGUCUGGAAGAGGUAUAGGAGGCGCGGGAGGAUGUUCAUCUUGAUUGCGUUAAUGCGUCCGAAUCAUCUAUUUUUGCAUAUCUGUCUAUAAAGAGGUGAGGAUGGGGAGAAAGUUUGCCUAGUAGAGUUGCGGCAGCUCCCUGGUCAGCCAGAUGCCGAGAUACUUCAAUUUGGCUUCACAUCUCCUGAACCGGAACUGGGACCGCAUGUGCACAUCUAGUCUUGUGGGAAUCGAGAUACUGCUGAAUUCCGACUUUUCCGUGUUGAGCUUGAGAUUCGACACCCUCCCAUACUUGCGGAAGAGCUCCAGGAGGUUCGGGAUUGUAGUCAGUGGCCUUUCAAUGAAGAAAAGCAUGUCGUCCGCAUAGGCUGCAACUCGAUGCUCCAUGUCCCCGAGGGUGUGUCCAGCUAUCCCCCCAUCCGUCCUGACCGCCUCCAGGAAUGGCUCCAGUGAGAGGGCGAACAACAUGGGAGAGAGGGGGCACCCCUGCCUCGUGCCGUUUCGGAUAGGAAACGAAUGCCAUUGAGUCAAAUUUGCGCUGAUGGUAUUGUGUAAAGGGCGGAAAUCCAUGCCCGUGCGUGAGGUCCGAAGCCCAUGUGUUGUAGUGUGGCCAAGAGGUAUGUCCAGUCCACCCUGUUCAAGGCCUUCUCUGCGUCUGUGGACAGGAGGGACAGCCCCCCUCCCCGCCCUCGGGCCGAGUGGAUGAUGUUAAGGGCCCGGAUGGUGUUGUCCCGUGCCUCUCUGCCAGGUAUGAAGCCCACCUGGUCCGGGUGAACCAGGUCGGGCAAUAUCCUGGAGAUGCGGAGGGCCAUGGCCUUUGCGAACAGUUUGAGAUCCGCAUUGAGGAGAGAGAUUGGGCGGUAGCUCGCGCAACAUGCCGGGUCCUUCCCCUCUUUCGGCAGGACUGUAACUAUGGCUCUGAGCGAGUCUACCGGGAAUUGUCGUCCCUCCAAUAUGGAGUUCAGUCCCUCUAGCAGACGCGGCAAUAGGAUAUCUUUGUAGGUGUGCAGAUAGCUCACAGGGUAGCCGUCUGGGCCCGAUGCUUUGUGUUGUUUGGUUAGCUUGAGUGCCGCGGACAGUUCCUCAACAGAUAGUGGUUGUUCUAAUAGCCUCCUGCACUUGUUCGAGUAUUCGUAAAAAUAUCUGUUAGACAUGCAAAUCACAUUGAGGAGUUUCUGGGAGAGCAGAUCGCUAAGUUGUCUCCGAGCGUCAGUCAGUAGAAGGUACACGUCGUCUGUUACUUCACUUUUGUGCUUGUUCUCUAGUUCAGCUAUUUGUUUGGUCAAAUCUAGGACAAGUUUGGUGUUCUCGCGUUUGCGUUGCGUGCAAUAACUAAUGUAGUGCCCUCUGAUUACACACUUGUGUGCUUCCCAGGUUAUCAACGGGGUCACAUUGGGUGUGGUCUUGGCUUCGAAGUAUUGUGUGAGGACCUGUGUGGUCAUUGUUACGCAUUCGGUCUUAGUUAGCACCGACUCAUUGAGCUUCCACUGGCGUUCCUUUGGCUUGAAUAGGGGUGAUGUGACCCGGACGGAUACUGGUGCAUGGUCGGAGUCUCCAUGAAUCCCUAUAUCCGCGUCUAUAAGCAAGGGCGGGUAUUCUUGCGCCAUGAAGACAUAGUCGAUCCUGCUGUAUUGGUUAUGUGCCGCUGAGUAGUAGGUGUAAUCCCUGUCUUCUGGGUGUGCUGCCCGCCAGCAGUCAGCCAACCCCAGUCUGUUCAGCGCUUGUUUGGCUGUGCGUAUGCAGUGGUCAGGGAUAGUGCUGGAGCCUUGCGAGGAGUCUAUUCUCAGGUCAAGGGGCAAGUGUAGGCCCCCAGCAAGUAUCAGGAGUCCUUCUCUGAAUUUUUCAAGACGAGACAGUGUCCGGGCUAAAAAUGUGUGCUGGCCUCUGUUGGGGCAGUACACAUUGGCUAGUGUGUAUGGGCGGUCUGCUAUCGUGCCCUUCACAAAGAGGUACCGUCCGAGCGGGUCUAUCUGCGUGGCCGUGCAUUGGAAGGGGACUGUCUGCGCAAAGAGAAUCGUCACCCCAGAACAUUUAGAAUCUUGGUGUUUCGCGAAGUACCCUUGUGGGUAUCGUCUGUCGCAGAGCGUGGGGGAAUUCCCUUCGGCAAAGUGAGUCUCCUGUAGGUAUGCUACGGACACCCAAAGGGACCACAGCAUCCACAGGAGCUGUUUACGUUUUUCUGGGAUGUUAAGGCCUCUGGAGUUGUUAGACCAGAGCUUUAGAGAUUCGGGUUGGAAUCCCUGUGGCAUUCUCAUGUUGUGUGUGUGUGUGUAGGUGGAGGAUAGGGAGGAGAGUUAGGAGGGUAUGGGAGGCUGCAGGGAGGGGAGGGGUGAAGGGGAGCUUGGAACAGUGGAUAGACGAGAGGGGGGAAGGAAGAGAGUACGGGAAGGGGGAGCAGGGGAAAAGGGGGUCAGCGUAUGUCGGCGGUUGUACGCCUGAGAAGGCCUCCCGGGGGGAGGGGCGGGGUGGGAAGGAGCUGUCAGGUAUAGUUAGACGACUAUGACCCAAGAUCGGUCAGUGGGUUUCCUUUCUUUUUAUACCAUUCUGACCAAAUAUUUUGGUGUGCCUCUAAGUUUAAUGCAUUAUUUAGCCCAUAACCUUUUUCCAUUGAGGUUUGACAUUUUAUUUAUUUUCACACUUCUGUAAAGUUUAUUCUGCCAUCACUUUUCCAAUUUCUUACAAAUUGUAAUUUAAAUGCCAAAAAUAAGUGAAUAGCUAAACAUCUAACACUACUAGGCAACAUCUGUAUAGGAACAUGAAAAAGUGCUAGGGCUAAGUUUGGACUAAUUCUUUAUUCUGCUAAUGUUGAUAGUAUUAAGAAAAAUGUAUCCCAAGGCAACUUAAUAUCUCUGCACUCCCAGCAUAGAUGAGAAAAGGAACCCACUUUGUUAGAACACCUCCAACAUUUAUCAGUAUACUGACUACUGAUCUUCUGUAAUCUUUUUGGUGUCAAGUACCAUCUAAACAAAAGUUUAAAAUAGAUUUCAUUAUGAAUAGAAUAUUUAGACAAAAUAGAACACACUCUUUCUUAUCUGUGGAAGUGCGGAAAAUGAUUCUUGCGGAUCUAUUUAUUUAUUAUAUGUAAUCUUUCCUAUUUUAUUUCCGAUCUUUCCUACAAAUGUCUCUUCUAUUUUUUUACUAUUGUUAUUUUUUUUCAUCUUUAGUAUCUCGUUUUCCAAAAAGUUUUUCAUUCUUAAAUAAUGAAAAAGUUCUUUUGAUGACAGAUUGAAAAUUUUAAAUAGUUCACAAAAGGGUAUCACAUUUUCUUCAUUUAUUAUCUGAUGUAAAUGAGUAAUUCCUCUAUCAAAGACUUUUGUACAUCUAUUACUUCUUUUGAUUGACAUGAAACAUAAAAAAGCUAUUUUAUAGCCAUUUCCAAUUUUGCCCCAAAUUGGGAAUUCCUUCUCGCCAUUUACAAAGGCAGUCAGAUUUUUCAUUGGAUUAACAAGUUGUUACUCCUCAUUAUUAAUAUAUCACAGCAUUUGCCUUGGACGGUACUUUCUGGGGGGCGGCAAAAAAAACACCUCAGGGCCCCCCAGGCUGGCAGUGGCGGUGAGGGAGCACUGAUCCUCCUGUUCAGCUCCCCAGCGCACACCGCAGUGAUGCCGGAGCCAGAAUAUGACGUCAGUGCUCCCUUGCCGCCUGCAGUCACUGACUGGCCGGCCGCCCAGCAGCCCCACUGGACCCCAGGGAAAACGAGAAUCCACCCCAGCAUUCCCAAAGGUUUUUUAAAUGUGAGUCUGUUUGUGUGUUAGUAUGUGUGUGUCUCUUAGUGAGUGUGUGUAUGUGUGUCUGUUAGUGAGUGUGAGUGUGUGUGUAUGUGUGUGUGUCUGUUAGUGAGUGUGUGUGUGUCUGUCUGUUAGUGUGUGUGUCUGUUAGGCAGUGUCUUACUAUGUGUGUGUCUGUUAGUGAAUGUUUUACUAUAUGUGUGUCUGUUAUUGAAUGUGUUAGUAUGUGUGUGUCUGUUAGUGUGUGUGUGUGUGUGUCUGCUAGUGAGUGUGUUACUAUGUGUGUGUCUGUUAGAGAGUGUGUUAGUGUGUGUGUCUGUUAGUGAGUGUGUUAGUGUAUAUGUGUCUGUUAGAGAGUGUGUGUGUCUGUUAGUGAGUGUGUUACUAUGUGUGUGUGUGUGUCUGUUAGUGUGUAUGUGUGUGUAUCUGUUAGUGAGUGUGUUACUAUGUGUGUGUCUGUUUGUGUGUCUGUUAGUGAGUGUUUUACUAUGUGUGUGUCUGUUAGUGAGUGUGUUAGUGUGUCUGUCUGUUAGAGAGUGUUUUACUAUGUGUGUGUCUGUGUGUCUGUUAGUGAGUGUGUUGCAAUGUGUGUGUCUGUUAGUGAGUGUGUUAGUGUGUCUGUCUGUUAUAGAGUGUUAGUGUGUGUGUCUGUUAGUGUGUAUGCAUGUUUGUUAGUCAGAGUGUAUGCGUGUCUGUUAGUGAGAGUGUAUGCGUGUCUGUUAGUGAGUGUGUGUGUCUGUUAGUGAGUGUGUGUGUCUGUUAGUGUGUAUGUUGUCUAUUAGUGAGUGUGUGUGUAUGUGUGUCUGUCAGUGCGUAUGUAUGUCUGUUAGCUAGUGUAUGUGUGUCUGUCAGUGAAUCUUUGAGUCUGACACUGAGUGUAUAUGUGUCUGUCAGUGAGUGUGUAUGUGUAUUUAGAAGGUGGGCCAUUCAUUGGCUGAGAGCGGUUAACUGAUGAUCUCAGCCAAUGAAUGGCAAGCUGUGACAAACUCCUCUUUUUAACAGAGUUUGCCAUGAAUUUUUGGAGGUGCCUGCUUGCCCGCCUCCUGCCCUGUGACUAUGGCCCCUCGGGGUAUUGCCAUUUAAAAACCCUAUUUGGGCUUGUGGGGUUUUAAUACACUGUUUCUGCCCCUUUAAAUCCUAUGGGAAAGGAUCUGCACUUUUGAAAUGGCACUUCAGAUACAGCCGAAGUGGCCGCUAUUCGUAUAGUCGAACACAUGGCGGUGGCCAUCUUGUUUAGCUGAACACGGCCAGCAGUGUUUUGCCGUCGAGUUCAUGAAACUCAAAUCGGACACGCGACGGCACGAUCACCGCUGAACUGUACCUUCUAUCGAACUUUGACGCUUUAAUGGGAGUUGAACGGCGUUCGACAAUUAAAACGCCACUUCAACAUUGGGUAUUUGCACGAACAGCCCUGAAUGGAACUUAGUAUUUGAACCGUUGGAAAUAGACCGGCCGCACAGCCAAAAUAUGUGGAACUAUUUUGGGCAUGAAAGCCAUGCUUGCGGUCGGUCAAAUGUGACUUCCACAAAACUUUUGAACCCCUGCUCUGAUCUGGGUGAUUUUUGAAUAUGUUGUUCCGGCACCAGCAUCACUAUGCGGCGCACGAGGGAGCUGAACAGGAGGAUCAGUGCUCCCUCGCCGCCUGCAGUCACCGACGGGCCGGCCGCCCAGCAGCCCCACUGGACCCCAGGGAAAACGAGAAUCCACUCCAGCAUUCCCAAAGGUAGGGUAGGCUGGGGGGAUUGAAUUUUUAAAAAAAAAAUUAAAAUGUGAAUGUGUUUGUGUUUUAGUGUGUGUGUGUCUGUUAGUGAGUGUGUGUGUGUCUGUCUGUUAGUGUGUGUGUUUGUUAGGGAGUGUCUUACUAUGUGUGUGUCUGUUAGUGAAUGUUUUACUAAAUGUGUGUCUGUUAGUGAAUGUGUUAGUAUGUGUGUGUCUGUUAGUGAGUGUGUUACUAUGAGUGUGUCUGUUAGAGAGUGUGUUAGUGUGUGUGUCUGUUAGUGAGUGUGUUAGUGUAUAUGGGUCUGUUAGAGAGUGUGUGUGUCUGUUAGUGAGUGUGUUACUAUGUGUGUGUAUGUAUCUGUUAGUGAGUGUGUUACUAUGUGUGUGUCUGUUAGUGAGUGUGUUACCGCCGAGUCAAAGUGGCCGCCAUUCGUAUAGUCGAACAGCCCUGAAUGGAACUUAGUAUUUGAACCAGUGGAAAUAGACCGGCCGCACAGCCAAAAUCUGUGGAACUAUUUUGGGCAUGAAAGCCAUGGUUGCGGUCGGUCAAAUGUGACUUCCACAAAACUUUUGAACCCAUACUCUGAUCUGGGUGAUUUUUGAAUAUGUUGUUUGCCCAGAUCAGGGCUAUCCAGGGAUGUAUAAUUUGUGGGGCUAUGUGGUGUUCUGGGGUGUUUUCUGUGUUUCGGGUAAAAAAUUUGGUUUUCUGCCUGUGGUAAUUGAGUUAGUCCAUUGUGUUUGUUAAUUGUAUCACAGGCAGAAGGAAGGGUUUGUGUACAUGACUGCUGACCCAACCAGUCCCAACCAACAACCCGUUGCCCCCCAAUAAUACACGUGACACCUCAUUCUUGUGGAUAAGGGCAACAGUCACAGCUUUAUUUAAAUUAACAAUUUAACUCAGUCCAAAUCUGCCAGUUGUUGGGUGUUUGCCCAACAGGCAGUUCUCACACACAUUCGGUGCCAUGAGCCUCGACAGCUAGCUCCUCGCCAUCAGCUCCGUGCCGGCUGUCGUCUCCCCAAGGUUCCUUUCUUCCUCUGUGCUGUCCAGGGAAACCGCCAAGCUGUGACAACACAAAAACAACAACACGAGACACAAGCCACAACACCAGAAACAGUCAGGAGCCCUCAACUGAUCCUGCCGACUGGUAAGUCCCCUCCCUCUCCCCUUCCUUAAGAACCCACAACAUUGUAUCUUCCAUGAUCCAUCCCACAAUCUUGGGCAGCAGUCAUGUUCCCCCCUCCUUAUUGUUCCAAAGGGAAUCUGUAACUGGGAGUGUUCAAAUCUAAAACUCUGUUUUUUAUUGGUUUGUGAGUUUCAUGUCCUGUGCCCCUCAAGGUCCACGUGGGCGGUAACCUUGUGGGGAAAUACUGUAUAAAAGAAGCAGCUGUAUCAUUAAACCUUCAGUUCUACUUCACCCUCAAUUUAGAAUCCUGUCUCUUAUUGGGGGAAACAGCUACAAGGGAUUGCUAUGCUCUUCAUACUCCCUUGGAUAAUCACUAAGCUCUUUUAAGAGCUUGUUCCUGCUUCACCCACUGGAACCUGGAGCCUUGUCGUGGGUCCACGGUGGGUAGGAGACCGCGAGACCCCAACCAUACUGCGGCGGUUCGUGGGGUCUGUGGUGGUUAUGGUGUCUAGUGGAGUGCGUGGAGCCCUCAGGAAACGCUAGGAGCAUCCUUCAAUGGAGAUACCCAGUCGGGGUGCCAGGUGAUCUGUUACACAAGCUUUCUGCUUUUUCUGAUCUACAGAAGCCAGAAGUGUGUCACCAGCGCUGAGAGGAUACCAGGAACCUGGUGGGGAUACAGGUAAGAGGGCAAAUGGUUUGUCUAAUUACUGGGGAACUGGGCCAUGGUACUCCUCACAUCAUCACCACCACAGUGGGCUGUAGUGGGUAUGGUGCUUGUAGUAACCAUUUUAACCCUUGUGCUGGCUGUAAGUGAGCUGAUUACAAUAGCUCUGAAUAUAUUUGUAUAAUAUUAUCAUAUCUUUUUGAGCUGCCCUUCUAUCCAACGCACAGAGAGUCUGGGGAUAAAAGAGACACCCAGAAGGGCCUGGGAGUGGAAAUACAAAGGGGCUGGGUGAAAGACACACAGAGGGGCUGGAGAAGAGGAAAAAGAGACACAGAGGGGCUGGGGAAGAUAGACAGGCUGGGGGUGAAAGAGAAACACACAAAGGAGCUGGGAAGAGGAAAAGACACAAAGGGGCUAAGAGAGAAGGAGACACAAAGGGGCUGGGGGAAUAAAACACACAAAGAGGGGUUGUAAGAGAUACACAAGGACGGUGUAAGACACACAAAGGGGAAAAAUAGGGGAUAAGAUGGAUAAGAUACACUAAAGGGGAUAAGACAUUUAAAAAAGGAGAUAAGAAACAAAAGGCUGGUUAAGAGGCACACAGGUGAAGAUGCUUUUUUGGGGUGUGGAGGGCACAAAAAUCAUCUUCGCCUGUGUACCCCAAAAGCCUUGUACCAGCCCUGGUAAUACUCCUCUUAUCUCUCAAAAUAUUAAUACCCAUAAGACUUCCAUAUUUACACUUGUAUCAUCAUAUACCAUUUCCUUAAAGGGGCAUCCCGCUGCCCAAAGACAAUAAAUAAAUGAAUAAGUAAAUGAUUUUUGCACUUAGUUAUACAUUUUAUUUAAAUAGUUUGCAAAAGCAGCAGUUCUCUUGUCUGAAGCCUUUGCAAGUCCGCCUCUUCUUCCUAAGCCAAGACUUUCUGUGGCUGUCCAAUCACAGACUUCCCAGUGCAGCUCAGUGAUGUGUUUGCAAGACAGGUGCUCUGAGCUAUUUUCUGCCCCUCGAGUUUACCUCCAUUGAGAAAAACAACCAGGAAGUAAGAAGAUAUCUGAUUGACAGCCAAAGAAGGUGUAUCUGUUAUCUGAUUGACAGCCAAAGAAGGUGUAAUAACAUUUUAAUUUAUACAAGUAUAAAUUUCUUUUGAAAACUGCACUUUUUCACACUCUUAAACUCUGCAAGAUGAAGUGCUUUAUGUGUGUGGAGUGCUCCUUUGUAGCGGAGCUCGGUACUCAUCCUGAGUAUCUCUACUAUUUCCCCUCCUUCUAGUCACUGGAUACUGCAGUUCUGAAUAUAGCCCUUUCCCCAUACACUAGCCAAAUCUUAGUGAGGGUAAAACAAGUACUGGUUUAUUAACACAACACUCAGGGUUGAAGAUAUAUUGAAUCUGCAGGGAUUUAUUAAAGGGACACUAUAGGCAUCAGAUUUUUUUCCCAUAGGAAAGCAUUGAUUCAAUGAUUUCCUAUGGGGAAGUCUAAUGCGUGCGCGGCACUCGCAUUACCAUCACCUCAUCCAGCACUGUUGGAGAUGGCGGAUAAGGUAAGUAAAUAAAGGGUUUUAUUACUUGUUCUAUUUUUCUAUUGUUUUGCUGAAGGGGUACUAUAAAUGCCAAAAUUACAGCUAUGUAUUCCUGGCAAUUAUAGUAUCCCUUUAUCAAAACAAUAGCACAUCAUAACAAGUUUUCUCUCCAACACCACCAAGUCUGGGCUGAUCACAGUUAAUUAGUACAGUCCAGAUUAAUAUUAAUAUCCACUGGUUAAUGUUAAGCUAUGUACAGUUUUUUCUUUCCAAAGAAGGGUAUUCCAAAUGUUUCCUUUCUCAAGGUGUAACCCCUAAACAUUGUAUAUCCCCAGAUAGCCCCUAGUCUCUGCCAUGUACAGUUCAAACAGAACUAGGAUAGGAGGCAGCUUGCUCAAGUUAUAAUACUUUACAAUUUGACCAGGCCACUGCCUUCUCAUCUGGCUCUGUGUUUCACAUUUGCUGGUAGGUAGUGAGGACAGUUUCUGGAGCCUCUGGUGAGAGUUCUGGGUCAUGGUUCAUAAUUUGAGGGAAGGGGGCUAGCCUCCAAACCCCUCCAAAAGCCCCAGAAAUGGAGGCUUCCGUUACAUUCUUUAAUACUGGACUUUAAUUCAAGUAUGACAUAAUAUUCUAUUCAGGGUCUAAAUCAGUAUCUCUAUUCAGGGUCUAAAGCAGUAUUAGUAUCUGACAAUACAUAUCGGAAGACAAACUGUCCAACACUCACAUUUCUUCUAAAAUGAUGAGUUCCAUCCUUUCAUUGUUUUGCAAGCAGACAGAUCUAACAGAUGUGGUUUGUGGCACCUUAAACCAUAAUACAUGAUACAUCCAGUCAACAAAGUAACAGUCUUCAGGACCAAGUCACUGUGUAGCGUUCUCUACUAAACGAAAAUUCAGCUGGAGGUUCCAUAUAUCAGAUUGCUAAUCCAUAUCAUUUCUGAUUAGCACUUUGAUUUACAAAUUGUUGUUCCCAUGGAGCACACCACAGCUUUUCAUGUAGCCAUACUUAGGCCUGUAAUGUGACCAAAACUAAGGAGAAAUCUUGAGUCAGGACUGAUGGCAUGCUAUUUCCUUAGGUAACUUAUUCCACAGCUGGAUUUUUCUUUAGCAAAUCUACCAUUCUUUUAUUCUUGCACACAUUCUAAUGCUGCCUUGUCUUGAAAAAAAAUGCAAAUUCUGUUAACGUAGAGUAAAGUAAGUAGAAAUUUAGCAGAUGCUUAUUUUCCUGCACAUUAGUAUUUCAAAGACAGCGAUUGAUGUAAUUUAUGUCAGCCUUAAUUUAUUCUGGUGCCUCCCUAUGCAAACAUUUUCAGGGUGUUUGUUACUGAAGUUUUGCAGCCUAAGUAUUCCUUAACCCCUUCACUAACAAAAUAGUGCAUACGUAUUUUAUUUUUCACUUUACAUUGCAAAGCACGUCUUAAAAUUUUGAUUUGCCCAAUAUUUCUAUAAUGGACAAAUGAAUAAAUGAAAAAGAAAAAUUGUGGGAAAUUCGCAUCAUUUUAAUUUUUAUAAAUGUCUGAACAAUAAUCUAUAUACAUACUAGCUGUUUCUCGUGAGUUAAUGUGCUUGCUGUGCACCCCUCUGUAAUUAUUUAUUCCUUGACACUCUGCUAAAACUCGCAAUAUGCAAGUGACCAGGAGAUCUCUGCCAUAAAAGGGGCGGAUUUGUCUGCCCCAUUGCAGUAAGGAUAAGAGAUAAAGGGCGGCUGAGGGAGAAGCUGGGAUAAAAGAGCUAUUUCUGUGAGAUUUUUUUGAUGAUUGUAAUUACACUUACCUCCCCCUCACAGAAUACUUUUCAGCAAGCCCCUUUACUUCUCUUUAAAUAUAACUGUGUGUCAACAAAAAGUGUUUGCCCCCUUCCUGAUUUCCUCUGUGUCAAUCUGAAUGUUUUUUGAGGUCUCUAUACAAAAUGUUAUAUGAGACAAAAAUAAACAGAGGAAAAUCUAAAUCAAUGCGACCUUGUGUGAAAAAAGCAGUUGCCCCCUUAGUUACUCACUGAUGCCAUUAACUAAAUGUAAUUGAUCCCUGAAUUCUCUUGGAUCAGACACAUCAGAGCUCACUACUGUCAGUCCUGUCAAAUCAUGACUUGUGUAGAUGCUUACCAUCAAAGACUGCAAUACCUCAAAACUACAAUGUAACUAUGUAACGAGCAACAUGCUAUAUCCUAAUCAAAAUUCCAAAAUAGGUGAAAAAGGUAGUGGCCUAAAAGUGACUUUAGAACCCAAUAUAAACCCUGCAAUAAAGUGGCCCCAGCUUUGAAAAACUUCUCUCUUUUUCAAAUGAGGGCACAUGCUCAUUGGUAGAUGUGAUCACCUUAUGCAUAAAAAUCAUGCGUAAAUUAUGUAGUAGCUCCUGUUGCCCUCCAAAAUACAGACAGCAUGAGACUCCUUAUUGAAGAGCUGAAAUCCUACUCUAUUUAUAUGGGUUUGUGUCUGUGUAGUAUGAUUUUUGGAGCAAUUAUGAUUGUUUUUCAUUAUCAUUAUUGCUUUAGUAUACUAAGUGAGUUUGGAGAGGGACAAGAUAGUGUGUAACGUAUUUAAAAUUAGUGAUUUCAUAUUCUGUGAAUCUUCACACUACUAGUUAAGAGCACACAGAGGAGCAGCGAAUUACCCUUUAUUACAUGAAAAGUGUAUAAAAACAUGCAAUGCACUCACAAACAAUUGUGUAGACAAAUCACACCCUGAAUUAUGUGUCUUCUGUUUUGACAGUUUAUGCAUUUGUUUCAUCCUUUGUGAAAUCAGACUGGUUUGUCAUUUUGAAUAUAUGCACUGUUUAUAUGGUUUAUAUGGUUAGAUAUUUCAUUCCUUGGUGUUAUCUUCAUGAAUUACAAGAUGGUACAAAAAGAAUUUUAUGUUCAAAUUUUCAAUUGCUAUCUUUUAUUAAAAAACAUAGGUCUAAAAUGCAAAUUGGUUAUGUAUAUUAUUUUCACUCUUACUUUACAUUUUUUUUGUGUGAACCCAAACUGAUGUUAAAUGUAACUCUUAAUGUGUAUGUUUGAAAUUAUACAAUAAUGAUCCCAAUGCUCUUAAUUAUCAUGUACCAUGGAAAAUUGCAACAGUUUUUUUUCUUCCAAACUUAACUCCACGUUUAACUAUUAAUGAGAUUACUUUUGCAAAAGAAUGCAGUGCUAUACACAUAAAAAUAAUGCUUGUGAUUUAUAUCGCUUAUAUUUUCUAGAUAUAAAAUAUGCUGUUAUAGGAGCUUGCUUUGGUGCAGUAUUUGGCGUUAUCUUUAUUGUUCUGAAACUAUGCUUGUUAAAGACCAAGAUUCUGGAUUCAUUUUCAGGUGAGGUACUUUUUAUGAAACGUCAUAGUAUCACUCUUCUUACCCACCAUAACCUGCAUUGUCCUAUUAAUGUCUCACUGCAUACCAGCAUCCUUAACAGUUAACAGGCUUAACCUUUGGCUUUGGCUUCCUUGGCAUGUGCCAGGUGCAAGAAGGAAAUUCCUUUCUGGGUGAUUGUUACUUUACCCAAACAAGUAUUGCCCCACUGCACAGUCUUCAUGGUGAGGCCCUAAGGAUGGGGCAGUCCACAUCACUAAUCUGUUGUUAUGCUGGGAGAACCUUAAUGGAGUAAAUCACUGACUUAUGUUACCUAUCUCAAAGCAUAAUAUGGUGAACGUCCUGCUGGCCAAUUGGGUAUCACAAAUGGGGAAGAAGAGGCAACUGAGGGGCAGUGUGUCUGUGUAUAUUCUCGUGUCUGUGUGACAGCAUGUGUUUUAGUAUGUGUCUGCAUGUGUGAUAUGUGUUAGUAUGUUUUUGUAUGUGUCAUUGUGUUAGUAUGGGUUUGUAUUUGUGUUAGAUGGGUCUAUAUAUGUGUGGUUGUAAGCAUAUGUAUGUAUCUGUAUGUAUGUGUGUCUAUAUGAGUAUUUCUGUUUAAGUAUGUCAGAAGGUUUUUUUUUAGUGCAUCUCUGUUCACUAAUGUGUGUUUGUUUAUUCAUUUUAACAAUCUUUAUUUUUAAUACGCACAGUCCCUAUCUCCCAACUUGUCAGCGCAUGGAUCAAAGUUGUCUGCUCUAACACAAGAAUUAGAUUUCGGAGACAGACAAAAGCUAAAUAUUUUGAUUUAGUUCUGGAUGCCUUUGGGGCAUUAUAGAAAGAAAGAGUAUUCCUUGCUGCAAGAAGUAAAAAUAAAACCAAAGUGGACCCCUAGUGAAAGAAAUGCAGUGCUUCUACUCAAGGAAUUGACUGUGAUAAGGUACAUCGCAUCAAAGUGGGGACUCAAAAUUAGCAGCUGUAGUGUUUAAAAGUUGGAAAAGCAAAAGGCUUCUCCACAAUGGACUGUUUUUGUACAAUGAAUACCAGUCAAAGGUUACCUCUUUUUACAGAGGGGUGUGUAUAACAAAGUGCUUAGACAAUAAAAGUGAUUUGCAGGCAGCUCAGUACACUUGUGUGGAAAUAUCCUCUAUUCCACUAGACAAAGUUGUGAUUUUCAGUACGGUGUACGUAACAAGGACCUACACCUAUAAGUGGAGCGCUCAAACACAUAUACAGCUUACCAGACGUUAUUUCAUUCAAUGGUAGUGAUGAUAUCGUAAUGAAUUGUACACUCACAUUUCAAGGAGCCUGUAUAUAGAAACACAGGCUCCGUAUUGAGGCUUGUGUGCCUAUUAGGGUAGCACCACCCUUCUACUUCGAUGUGGAGUAACUCUCGAAGACAAAAAGAGGGAGAGCGAACCAAUGUGUAGAUAGUACUUAUAAAAACACAAUAAUGUGUUGAUAAAUGUGGUGCUCACCUGGUCCUGAGCCUGUGGGUCCCGGCUCUAGGUGUAUAGAUUAUGUGCCAAUUUGAGUGGGGAUUGCACUACCCCUUUGAAGAUUCUCUAGAGGCUCCAAAAAGGACUUAAAUGGGGAUCUUGAGUAAAAUAACAAAUUUAUUGAUGUAUAAUAAAAAUAAAUAAAAGUAAAUAUUUUAAAAGUCCUCAAUAAAAAGUCCUUUAAAAAUAGCCAAUACGCGUUUCACUCUUAAAUAGAGUUUUUGUACAAUGACUACUCAUGACUCGCAGUGAUGUCAAGUUUAAAGAGCGCAAGAAGUGGAUUCACCAUACCCAAGUAAAAGCCACCCUUGUUGAAGAUGGGGAAGUUGCUGCUUUAUAGUUAAAAAAGGAAGGGAUAAGGACUCAAAUUACCAUUUCCAAAGGAACAGCAAGUCGGUGUUUUGAUGGACAUAAUAAUCCCUGACCACCUGCCAACGAUAGAAAGACAAGAUUUACCUAAUCUCCAAAGACAUUGUUUGAAAUGGCAUCUGUACACAUGCUUACUUGCAUAUGCUUCUCUCUCAGUGGGAUUUGUUCUGCAGUUCUCAUCUGGGCAUUUGUUGCCUAUUAUGCCAUUAUUCUGAUGAAUUGGAACAGAUUAGAUCAUGUGUUCUUCAGAUCAGAAUGACGUUAUAUUACCUGUUAGAAGCAUAAGGAGGAGUAUGUAAUUUAGUGGGUGACCAAUGCUGUACACACUUAAUAGAUGAGACAGGUAGUGUUCACCAUGACCUAUGACAGGUUGAGAAGGUCCAAGACAGACUGAGAAGGUUUGUUGAGUGACUUUUGACUAGACUUUGGGCCUAAGUUCCUUACUAGGUACACUGGGAAUGAAAAUAUUAUACUUGAUAGUAUUUAUCAUUAUUUUCAUUUAUAUUUUACUAAUUUUGUUAAUUGUUUAAUGUAAUUAAUUUUAUUGUCUGGGUUGUUUCAGCUGAUGGCAUGUUAGCUAUCUGCCUAGUGGUAAUUCCAACUGCACUGUUGGUUUUUCUCAAUUACACUCACACCACCUAGAUGUGUUGACCUUUAUUUAUCAUAUCCUGAUGACCCUAUUCCUACUUACCAACCCCUAUUGAUUUAUGUUAAGGAUGCUAAUGUCUAGUUAUUCUUUCAGAAUAAAAGGAGAGAUUGAAAGCGUUAAUUUCUGUUCAGCUAAAUCAUAACUCAUUGCAAUGACGCCACAUACGUAGUUUGGUACAUGAACAUUCUUGUUUCCCCCCUCCUAAGAAGACACUACCCUACAUCCUCCUAUUCUAAUAAGCCCCCUAGAUUAAUUUUAGAGCAAUGAUUUGUUACAUGCUUUCAUCAUGUUUUUUGCACAAGAUGUCCAUGCUAUUAGUUAAUUGUUAUCAAUAUAUAAAUGGUAAUUAAUAAUACUGCCCCUAGACUCCCCUUUAUUGUGUGUUAUAAAACCUUUGUUCUGUUUAAUAGAGAGCAGACAUUUUCUAAAUCUGACUCCCUUGUAUGUCUAUCAAAUACUUGAAAGGGGUGGCUUGGUCUGGAUAGAACUAUAAGACCACGGCAGGUAAUUAUGGUGAUCACCAAGGACAGGACAGAUGUUCCAACACUCAGGCAUCAUAUAGGGAAUCCCAUCUAUUAUCUUGGCCAGCUCUCCAUAGACCAUGUUCCAAACAAUAAUAAUCUGUGGAAAACUCACCCCACCAUCGCCAGCAAACAUUAGGGACUGUAGAGACAAAUGUAUUACUGCAUUAAUAAAGUUCUGUACCACCUAGGCAAAAUGUUUUAAAAUAAUUUCUUGAAUCUUUGAAUCGAGUGAGGAUAAUCCUCUCCUAUUGCUCCUCUGAAAUGUUUUUACCCAGGUCUACCUCCCAGGCAGCCAUGUUACUGAGGUGGGUUCCCUUUCAGGUUCAGCAACUUGUUCUCUGCUCAGAUAUCUCGCAGACUGGGAUCCCCCUUCACUUCCAAUCUAUAUAGCAAGCCUGAGAGCAAUCCCUCAGGAGUAAUACCCUACCUAAAGAGCAGUGAUUUCCAUUUCUCAGGGGUAGCUCUAACAGUGGAGUGUGAGUAGACCAAUGUUUCAUGUCAAGCCAUAACAAAGCCAAUGAGGAAUCUCCGGACUCUAUUUCUACGGACAACCACCUGACUUGAGGAUCUCGUUGAUGCCAAUCCACUGUUCUCACUAAAUGUGUAGCAUUGUAGUAGAGUUCUGAGUAUGGGAGCCCCACACCCCCCUGGGCCUUGCCAAACCGAACUCUUCCUCUAGACAAAUUGUAGAAACAUAGACUUAAGCAGAAAUAAAUGGCCUUAGUUUAUGGAAUGGGACAGUCUGCACCUGUUAUAAGAUUCUAGGGAGGACAUUUAUUUUAAGAGUUCAUCUGCCCAAACCAUGAAAUAUAUGGGCCAUGCCAAUGUGCCAGGUUCAUAUGCAGGGUUUGGAGGAGCUAGGUAAAGUUAACAACAUAGGUCUGUAACAAGUCUGUAGACUGGUGUAUUUGGCAUUGGGGUAACAUUGCUUGAGGUUAUUGUCUUUUUUUUAUUAUUAUUAUUUUCUUUCUUGCAAUUAAGUUUAUAACCGACAGGGGCUGACUGAAAUAAAAUGAUUGAAUGCCUGACUCACGUGUUUUUGUGCUUCUUUGUGUAAACUUUUUUCUGGUCAAUAUGCAUAUUUUAAUGGUGUAAACCACUGCUACCCAAUUCAAAGUAAUAUUUAUUUAUUUAUAGCCUGUGUGCAAGGCAUGUUUAGGGCCAUUAGGCUGGCCUUUUCUCACUAUGAUGAAAAUUUGCUAAUAUCCUCAAGGAUUAUACAGUAUAUUAGCCCUUUAUAGAAACCCCUCAUAGUUUUUGUUUUUAUUUUAUGUGUCUAUUAUACAUAUAUACUCUCAUACUAUCUACAACAUACUAAAAAGAGUAAAUUAUUGUAAGUAGCGUACAUGUGGCGAUUUAAGUGUUUUCUUUCUGUUUAUGUCAUAGAUUCGGAAUCCUUUAAUUUAAGGACAAUCAGGUAAGAGCAUUCCCUGUAUCUAACUGCUAAGAAUGUUUAAUUUCGUUAAGCAUGUUAAGCAUUUGUUAAGAUGUAAUCAUUCACUCUAAAUAAGCAAACAAGCAUAUUACACAGACACAAUAUAACACUAAGGGUGUAUCAAUAGUGGACAGAUAAAGCUCAAUAUAACAAAAUAUUAAAUAGAAAUUAUUAAAUACUAGUACAAUCAAAAAACAUAAAAUCAAUAAGAAAAAUUGUCUCAGGACUGCAAGCCACGGUUAUUGUGUACUCACAACACCCUCCAUAGGGGGCCCCUCACACAGAUGAAGCUCCGUUAAGUGGUGUUAAGUCCUGUUCCUGCCGUCCACAAGUCCUGGAUGAGUCACGCCACAGGUAGUGUGAGGAUUUGGGGACAGAGAGCUCAAACCUCCAAAACAAGGAAGCUGCCAGGGGAUCUGACGAAAACCACGCCACCUAGAAAAGGAAGGCCGGCAGUCCACCGGGUUAGUAUCAAACCUCAACAGGUUCUUUUAUCGAUUUUCUAUGUAGUAGUUAUAGUACCAAUAGAUACUUAUGUUUGCAUGGUACUAAUAGACUAAACCUUAUGAGAUAUGGUCUUUGGAUGGCUAAGGUGAUGGGGGUCUCAACUAUAACUUUGAGUGUUUGGAAGCAAAGUUUGUUAUUAGGUAUUUUAAAACUUUUAAUUUUACAUGGAAUCCUUUGCAGGUUUUACAAAUAUCCUGUGUGUUAAUGGGGGGUGUAAAUAUAUCUGCUCUUUUUACAGAUGUAUUUAUGUUUUGAGAAAGGUCCGUAGUGGGAAGAAACGCGGAGACUUCAAGUCCGGGAGUUUUCUACAAGAGCUGUCUUUUUAAUUUUACUGCAGCCUUUUUCGAAGCUUCCUGCCGCGGUAUUGGUAGUGUGGAGCGUAUACGGGUGUACUAAUUGGCGUGCUCCCCCAACCCAGUGAGGUUCGAUACUAACCAGGUGGACUGCCAGAGCCGGUGGCUUUCUUUUUAUCGUUUUGGAGGUUUGAGCUCUCUGUCCCCAUAUCUUCACCCUACUGUUGGCAUGAAUCAUCCAGGACUCGUGGACGGCAGGAACAGGACUUAACGCCACUUCGGAGUUUCAUCUGUGUGAGGGACCCCCUAUAGAGGGUGUUGUGAGUACACAAUAACUGUGGCUUGCUGUUCCGAGGGAGUGUUUUUCUUAUUGAUGUUAUGUUUUUUAAUUGUACUGGUAUUUAAUUAUCUUUAUCUAAUACUUUGUUAUAUUGAUCUUUAUCUAUGCACUAUUGAUACACUUUUAGUGUUACAUUGUGUAUUCAGCAUAUUUACCAUGUAUAGGUGAUUCACCACUUACUACAGGGUUUAUUCCUUAAAAUUACUCUUAGGUUUAAAGACCAUGUAAGAUUGCUGCUCCUGUUGAAUUUGUGAUUAAACUUCAUUUUUAUUAUUAUUUUGGUGCACUCACUAGUAUUUACUUGUUGUUUUACAUAUAUUAGAAGUCGCUCUGUUAUAGUGAUGCUGCCCUAACUACCUAUUUUCUAUUGUUGUUGUCCAUGCAGCAAUCUAUCCUUCUUAGCUCGUCAAAGUACGCAGCAGAAAAGAUCAAUCUUACUUUUGUUUGCAGCACUUUGUUAUAAUUUUUUUAAUUAAUAAAAGUAAACAAAAGUGGUGAGAAAACACUUGCAAUCUGUAGUUUUAUUGUGGAAAUCGCUACUUGGAUUAAGGCUAGUCCUUAUCUAAAUAUUGUAUAGGUAUGAAAUUAGCUAUGACUCUCAGGGUUAUUCUCUAAAGUGAGAAUUCAAAGUGAAUUUCAAAUGUACGGUCAAAAUAAUCAAACUGGAAAAAUUCUCUUAAAUCGUCUAUGUUGUCAGUUUGGCUAAUCUAGACUUCAAACAAAAAUUCACUUGGAAUUCUCACUUUAGUAAAUAAUACUGUAUGUAUUUUAAAAAGAUUAUGUAUACAUUAGUCAAACAGUAACACAAAUAAAGGUAGCACUAUUAAAGGGCAUACCUCAUAUCAGAUGUUUAAAUAAUUUGUCAGUCCUCGUGAAUGCGUUUGGGCGUUUGGGAGUGUUCCCCUCCCUCCCCCAAACUGUUGUGUUGUGGUUUACAUGAUAACAACCAUCAACAACUAACUAGAAGAGGUUGUCUAACCAAAAUUACUCUAGGAAGAAGCUAUCUAGUGGUCUUUAGGCUGUUCUCCGUUCAAUUGAUGUAAGUUUGCACCAAUGAGAAAAUAAGACCACAGAAACAUUUUUUUAAACCGUAUGCUAAGAAGGCAGCCACAAUUCUCGAAUACAAACAUUGAAACAUUGCUGCUUCUCUGAAGUUUGCUAAAAAUCACAAAGAUAAUCCAAUAACUAUCGGGGGCAGUAUUUCCAUAUCAAACAAGUAACUCAAUAAGAAACCUUAUACUGGGGAGUGGGGGGUGGUCAGAAAUACAGGUAAGGAGAAAGAAUGAUUGGCUAACCUAUUCAAAUCAAGGGCCAUGGUCAUGGUCAUGGUCAAAGAAGACCGCAUUGUCAGAGAGUCAGUCAGGGUCUGGAACAGGAAAAAUAGGUUCUAGAAAGGUAUAGCCAAGGGUGAAAAUUAGUGUUGACAUAAUUACCGUAAAUGCUUUCUCAGGCUAAAAGGAACUAGAACAGGGCACUAAAUAGAAUGGCAGUGGCAUUUAUAUAAGUUACAAUUUCCAUGCAUGCAGCCUGCACCCACAAGAGAGCUGGAUGCUACAGUUAGAAACUGUAUCCGUUUGGAACAGAAAAGUCACUGCAAAAAAGGAUCUUUUAAGUAUUUGACACUCGGGAACUUUAGUCUGUAGGAAACUGUGAAAUCUUAUCCAAAAAUGAUGUGUCACUAGAGUAACCAGGGAAGGUCCGAUAACUGUCUUGCUUUAUUGGUUGUCUUCGGCUAGUUAUCUGUGUUCCAGAUCUUCAGAACUUUCAACACCUAACUUUUAAGUAACUAUGCUAACUUUUGCCCAACAUUCUAUCUAGAUGAAUGGUGGACAUUUCAUCAUAUAUGUCCUCUAUAUUGCUUAAUAACUCAUUGAGGUGACUUAUGAUGCUAUUGGUGAUAUAUUUUAUCUAUCUUUCAGACAGGGAAAUGGGGAGAACCCAUGAAGCAUGCUCUUGGACAACAAGUGAAAUUCAUUAUUAUAAUGAAUUAUUAUUAUUAUUAUCCCUCAGUUUCUGUGAUCUGGAGAAUUACACUGUGUAUAUGGUCUUGCUGUGGAAUUCCCUGUGCUAUUGAUUGUAUCACAUACAAGAAAGCAUGGAUAUGAUAUUUUGACAAUCAACAAAGAACUGCUGUUUAACAUUGGGGAUAAAGUUCUGCUUCUGCACAGAUCAUGAGAAUGUAAAAGAAACUCCAGAGGGGAGCAGGAAGUAGACUUUCCAUAGCCAUGGGAAUUGAAUACAACCUGUUUAAACCCUUUGAUCGUUGCUUAGCUUUGCUUAUGAAAUCUCUUUUGCAACCUGUGACCAAGUUUUCAUACCACCCGUAACAGUAUCAAACAAUUCUCUUUUGCACUCAUGGCACUCAUGGCAUUCAUGCACAUUUGAGUCAAAAUCUAAGUUUUAAAAAUGCAUUUUUUUUUUAUCAUAAGACAUGCAAAUGUUUUCAAUGUAGAAAUGUACAUUAC